AUGCCGGAAAACCCCUCUGAUCAGUCACACAAGAAAAGAAAGGGGGGCAACAAAUGGCAAAAGGCCCGGGCUCUAGCUCACACUCCACGAUCAAGUGUUGAGACUGGUGACUGGGGAGUGUUUGUUACCUGCGAAAUUGGAAGAGAGAACAAGUGUGCUGCGGAAAUUUUGGACCUCCUCACCCAGCACGUGGAAGGCCCUGAAAAUGGCGGGGACGGAGCUGAAUCUAACUCCGAUGAAGAUGAUAUUGAAGCCCAAAUAAAGAAGGAAAUCGAGGGCCUGAAACCAAAUACGACGACAAAGUCAUCAUUAUUUGAAACGGUCAAGUUUGACCUGCCUUGUAUCGUAUUCGUACGAUUUGAUAAAUCAAUUGAUCCUGAAAAGCUCGUGCAUCAGAUUUGUCUCGAUGCACAAUCCAAACCGGAUCAAAAGCGCAGCCGCUAUAUUCAACGAUUAAUCCCUGCACGUUCCAUUCGAAAGACCCUCAGCGUUGACGUGGAGGAAUUUGCACGAGAGAUUCUCAAACCUCACUUUCACUCUGGAGGUCCACCGAAGAAGUACGCUAUUCGACCUUCAUUAAGAAGCAACAAGAAAUUCAAUAGGGACGUUAUGAUCAAAACUAUCGCGGAUGUUGUGGGCCCCGAACAUCCGGUUGAUUUGAAGAAUUAUGAUUUGAUAAUUCUGGUUGAUAUAGUUCAGAACCUCAUCAGUAUGAGUGUUGCAGGGAGCGAUUAUGACAAGCUAAAGCGUUUCAACCUUGCGGAGCUUUACAGCCCAGAUCCAGCGCCGCGAGAAUCUUAG